AUGGAUUCGUCAGAUGAGGAAUCAGCAGAUAGUACAAUUGUCUUUCAAGCGGUGGCAGCUUAUGUGCAGGUUGUUGGGGAAUAUUGUCAUACGUACAUGUUCAAGCAACCGGCGCGUCAUGGGGAUGAUGAGCGAGCAAGGUUCAUCAAUUCUAUUAUUCGGGCUAGCGACAAAGAUUGUGUAGAUCAGCUUAGGAUGAAUCGAGAAUCCUUUUUUGAACUGUGUGCGCUGCUACGCGAGAAGACACGACUCCGUGAUACGCGUAAUGCAAUUAUAUCAAUGUACCCUGAUUUAGUUAAACCGGCCAUCAUAGAGCCGUCGUCAGAGAUUCAAACAAAUCCAAAUUGGUCUGCUUACUUUAAGGAUUGCGUCGGUGCAAUUGAUGGUACACACAUUCCAGCGCAUGUGUUGGCGGUUGACCACGCGAGCUUCAGCAAUCGCAAGGGGGUGCUCUCCCAAAAUGUACUGGCAGCGUGUACUUUCGAUAUGAAAUUUACAUAUGUGUUGGCCGGUUGGGAGGGUUCUGCUUCGGAUGCGAGAGUGCUACAUAAUGCAUUGACCCGAUCAGAUGAUCCCUUACUUGUGUCAAACGGAAAAUAUUAUGUUGUCGACGCUGGAUACGCUCAUUCACCUGGAUUUAUGGCUCCAUACUGGGGCGUUCGGUAUCACUUACAAGAAUAUCAAACCGGGAGAGCUCCUGCGAACAUGAAGGAGCUGUUUAAUUACCAAUAUGCACAAUUGCGCAAUGCAAUCGAGCGAUGUUUCAGUUUAUUGAAAGGCAGAUUUUCCAUCUUGAAGAGCGCUAUGCAGUACGAAUUUCAAACACAAGUCGAGAUUGUGAUAGCCUGCUGUGUCUUACACAAUUAUAUACAUGUCCAAAAUGAGUCUCCACAGGACAGUGAUUUCGCUACUAUAUCUGGUGUUGAUGUGGAGGGUAUCCCAACGCCACAAGAGCUAUCAAGAAAUUACGAGCGGCAAUGGUUACUUCGAGUAACGCAGCGUGAAAAAGAUGCUUGGAAUUGA